AUGGCGGGGCCGUCUGCAAACAUUUCCAUUCUCACCAUGGAUAUCUCAAUUUUCUUCCUUCUUCUUAUGCUCAUCCAAACUCCUCUCCUAUCUUCAUCACCAAAAACAUUUGACGUUCUCAGAGGUUCAUCUUUAUCUGUUGAGGACCCAAGCGACAAACUGGUUUCUCUCAAUGGUGAUUUCUCUGCGGGAUUUUUCCCGGUCGGUGAAAACGCUUUCUGCUUUGCCAUAUGGUUGACAAGGUCCUCAGCUCCGACCGUUGUUUGGAUGGCAAACCGAGAUGAUCCGGUUGAUGGAACAGGUUCACAGCUUUCGCUUUCGAAAGAUGGCAAGCUUCGCCUAACAAACUCCGCCGGUAUAACCGUUUGGGCCACCAGAACAGCAGCCUCGACCCCUUUAGAGUCCUCGAAAUUGCAACUACAGCUCCAAAACACCGGAAAUCUUGUUCUAAAUCAUUCUGAGAGUGGUGUCAUCUGGCAGAGCUUUGAUUCACCAACAGAUACUCUUCUUCCACAACAAACGCUAACCAGGAUUUCAACCCUCGUAUCAAAAUCAAGCGAAGUAGACUGUUCUUCUGGCUACUAUAAGCUAUUUUUUGACAACGAUAAUGUCCUUCGUCUGUUAUACCAAGGUCCUGUUGUAUCCAGUCUCUACUGGCCUGAUCCAGAGCUUAGUGAUCCUGGACUAGCCGGAAGGUCUAUGUACAACUCUAGUAGAGCUGCAGUACUGAACGAGUCGGGCUAUUUCUGGUCGUCUGAUCAUUUGGUGAUCCAAGCUACAGAUUUUGGUGUGAAAACUCACAGAAGAUUAACUAUUGAUCGUGAUGGUAACCUUCGAUUAUACGGCCUGGAAGCAAUGAAUGAAGGGUGGGAUUGGGGAUUCAAGAUGAAAGAUCCACCUGAUUGGUCUUUUGGGUGUGAAGCAGAAUUCAAUAUCCCUUGCAAUCAGAGUCAUGGAAAGCUGUCUAGUUUUGUCCAACUUUCUCAUUUUCAUUUCUAUGGCUACGAUUUAGAGUUCCUGCCGAAUGUGACCUUACAACACUGUGAAAACGAAUGCCUAACGACGUGUAGUUGCAAAGGUUUCCAAUUUGUAUUUAAAGCAGAUUACGGUGGCUAUUUAUGUUACCCCAAGUAUAAGUUAUACAAUGGACAACUUACACCAAAUUUUGAGGGAGACUUGUAUUUAAGAGUACCCAAAGCUGGUUUCGUCUAUAACAAGACGCUUGAUGCCGCCGAAUCAAGGUUGAAUUGA